AUGCGUCGGAUAUAUCUAAUGUCCGAGUCAACACCGGCCAUUUUUGCACCGGUGUUCAAUGUCGAUUACGGUGACAUCGGUGCUCUCACAUCAUUUAUGGAGGAGCAGAAUGUCCACACCGUAAUAAGCGCUUUUGGUAUCACGGCCACAUCCUUGGCGACCUCCCAGCUCAACCUCAUCAAAGCCGCGGAUGCGUCCAGUGCUACAGAGCGGUUCAUCCCUAGUUCUUUUGCCAUCCCUUAUCCAGAAGACGGUGUCACCAUCCUCCCGCCCCUAGAGCACUACUUCAUCUCGCUCAAGGCACUCGAGGCGACCAGCCUUGACGUUAUCGUGGUCGACAGGGAGCACAACGCGGCGGGCAUCCCCGGUGACGGCGAUGAGCCUGUGACGCUCACGUACACCUUUGCCGUGGCGCGGUUCGUCGUGGCCGCGCCGGACCUGGAGGCGUGGCCGCGUGAGCUGCGCGUCGUGGGCGACGAGCUGACGUUCAACGAGCUCGUGGCCAUCGCGGAGGAGGUCAAGGGGGCCAAGUUCGAGGUUGCGUACGACAGUGUCGAGAAGCUGAAAUCGUCGCAGAUCACAGAACUGCCUGGGCACGCAGCGUCUUAUGACAAGUUCCCCAAGGAGCGGCUGCAGUGGUUCCUGGCCAUCUUUGAGCUGUGGAUGGCCACGGGGCGGGGCCGCGUGCCGUGCCUUGCUAUACUUCUUACAUGUGUUUAUACAUAA